CAUGUCCUAUUAUGAUAAUAACAACAAAUAAUUACAGGGCGAUACGGAAUUUUCUUAGUCACAAAAUCACAUCUGUUAAAUGUGAAGGUCGUGUAGUCGCCUGAUGUCGCUCCGGACACCAUCGUGUACACAAAAUGAAAGCACUAUAAAAUAAUCAUAUUUCCUGGUGCCACUGCUGUUUACUAUUCGAGAAAUACAACUCCAUAAUCCAGAGCACUAACUUCAAUAAGGUCAUGCGUCAUGAGAAUCGCCCCAUCGUUGUUGCCGCUGACUACUCCCUGACUCAAGCUCACGCAGGAGUCAAGCAAUUUCUACGCCUUAUACACAUCCUUACGGAUCUAUCCCAUCCACUAUCUCUACUAUUAGACACGUACAGCUCUAGUAUUAGGAGCAAGUUUUUUUUUUCCUACCUAUGCUGAUAGCCCUGAGAGGCUUCACCCCAGCAAGAGCAGUGCUUCGCAGAAUCUACCACCAGAUCGGAAACGCGACCCAGUGAGAGAUCCGGCGAGAAGCUCAGUGGGCUGUGCCUAUGAGUUAAUUCGCCCGUCGAGCCCUUCGUCGCAAGCGACGGGCUUGACGAGGACGGUGACCGGUAGCAAGCUUAGGAACCUUGGUAACCCUACUCGGAUUGGUUGCACGUUGAACUCCUUGCCGAGCUAUCGACGGGCAACAUAUUUAAAAAAAAUUAUUAAUUGAUUUCGAAAAGUAUUUUAACGGUCAGAGAUGAAAUAUUAUUGUACUCGUGUACGAAUUAUUGCACCGCGCUUAGAGCCCCGUGGGUACACCACCGUCGCGUCUUUCUACCACGCUUUUUUUAAUUUCACCUGUAUCUAUACCUCUGUUUAAGUAACGGCAUGUUUCAAGGUAAACUUACAUCAACUUCAAAACACCCCGAUAUAUGUAAUUGAAAAUUGGUACAUAUUUCAAAUGCCCACCCCAAUAUAAUAAUUUAUAGUCACGGACCAGUAUGUACAACUCGCACUUUUAAAAAAAUGUUCGGUUUGCUAUGCAAAGUGUGUAUUUUUUUGAGUUUUAAACAGAACAUAAUAUCGUUUUAGUUUAUAAAUGUUCCUAGCAGUUUAAUCAUGCUGUAUAUAACGCACAUCACAGUUAGGUCUAAUGUCCUAUAAAGGUUAUCGGCAAAGAACUGUCUUCUUAUUACGCUUCGGGUUUCUAAGAAACAAACAUGAACUGUUUAUUGUUAUUUCAUUUGUUAUUUUUGUUUAUAAUAAUUAGUGCGGGACGACGGCGGGAACAACUUUGUUUCCCUAAAGGUUUCAAAUUCGGAGUAGCCACAGCGUCUUUCCAGGUCGAAGGAGCCUGGAACGUGUCUGGCAAAGGAGAGAGUAUCUGGGACCGAUACACCCACGAAUACCCGGAACGUGUCUUCGACCACAGCAAUGCGGAUGUGGCAGCAGACUCUUAUCAUAAUUUCCGACGUGACGUGGACCUCGUCACUGAACUGUCGUUGUCCUUCUACCGGUUCUCCGUGUCGUGGCCCAGGAUACUGCCCACCGGAUACAGCAAUUUAGUGAACGAAGACGGACUCCGGUACUACUCGGAACUAAUUGAUACUUUACACAAAAACAACAUCAAACCGGUAGUCACUAUUUACCACUGGGAUUUGCCACAGAGCCUGCAGGACCUUGGCGGGUGGACCAAUCCAAUCAUAGUAGAUUACUUUGUGGACUACGCCAGGUUACUGUUCACAACGUUCGGCGAUCGCGUCGGCGUCUGGAUAACGUUCAACGAGCCGCUGUCGUUCUGCGGCGCGGGGUACGGCGGGGGGGACGCGCCCGGCGCGGGGCCCGCCGGCUCCGGCCUGCAGGACUACCUCUGCACUCACCACACGCUAUUGGCACACGCAGCCGUCUACCGCCUUUAUAAAGAACACUUUCAGGAUAAACAGAAAGGAAAGAUCGGUAUUACGUUAGACUUUUCCUGGUUGGAAGCUGCUACUACUUCGCAGGAAGACCAGAAGGCUGCAGAGACUGCCAGACAAUUUAUGUUCGGCUGGUUCGCGCACCCUAUUUUCUCCUCAUCCGGCGACUACCCCGCAGAGAUGAAAAGCCGGGUGGCGUAUGUAUCGAGGAAGCAAGGGUUUCCGCGCUCCCGUCUCCCAACCUUCACUCCGCAGCAGAUUCAGCGACUAAAGGGGGCCAGUGACUUUCUCGGUCUGAACCACUACACGACAUACUUGGUAAAUCAAGGUAGCGGCGAGAUCCACACUCAACCGUCUUUCGGUGACGACAUGGGAGUGGUCAUUUCACAGAAAGACGAGUGGCCCAGAACUAACUCUACUUGGCUUAGAGUAGUGCCGUGGGGUUUCAGAAAAUCAUUAAACUGGGUGAAAGACAACUACAACAACCCUACAGUGUUGAUAACGGAGAACGGCGUGUCCCAGGCGGCAGGGCUGCGCGAUACGAAGCGAGUGAGCUACAUCGACGUGUACCUACGAGCGCUCAGCGACGCUAUAUACAAAGACGGAUGCUCGGUCACCGGAUAUACAUAUUGGAGUUUACUCGAUAACUAUGAAUGGAUGAGGGGAUUCUCGGAGCGCUUCGGCCUGUUCGAAGUCAACUAUGGCAGCCCCGCCAGGACGCGCACCGCGCGACUGUCGAGCGACUACUACGGCAGCGUCGCCCGCACCGGCUGCCUGCCCAAGCACUAUGAUAGCUUUUUCAAUUAAAAAUCCCUUACGCCUUCUUGCCCGGGACGAGGCGCCCGUAGCACCCCAGCCCUGUUCACGCCGCGUACGUGUAAUGCUACCUAAAAUCCUACUGUCGCUGUAUUCCGCACCGACUCGAUCAACACUCUUAUGAAAAUAUUUCAAUAAAAAAGACAAUUUAAAAAAAAA